CAGCUGCAGUGUUUUUCAUAGCUGUCUUUUUAAACUUAUCAGUGGGAUUAAGAAAACAAGAGGAGAACACUGUAGAAACCGAGAAGAGGAAAGGAAGGAAUGAUAAGCGUACAGCCUGCAGCUGGAUGAGGCCAGACUCACCGUUGUGUACCUCCAUGUCCACAGCAUUGCUAAUUGAGGACGGGACGCUGCCGAGGCCUCGUCGCUGCAGGCACGUCCGUGUGCCUGUCUGUAGGGGGAGCCGCUCGGCCGACUGCGGGACGCCGCCUCUCCCCGGGCCGGGCAGGGCAGGGCAGGGCCGGGCUGGGCGCGGGGCGGCCAUGGGCAGCCGGCUGCGACCCGCGGUGCUGUGCGGAGCCGUGCUGGCCGCGGCGGGCGGAACUGCUGUGGCGGCCUGGGCAUGGGCCUACGUGCGGGGCCGGGGCCGCCGCCCUCCUCCCAUCGCCGCCGCCGCCGCCGCCGCCGAGCAGGUGAAGGGAACCAGCAGGCAGAUCCUGGUGCUGGGCCUGGACGGGGCGGGGAAGAGCAGCGUGCUCCACUCGCUGGCCACCAACCAGGUGAAGCGCAGCGUGGCUCCCACCGAGGGCUUCAACGCCGUCUGCAUCAACAGCGGGGAGAGCCAGAUGGAGUUCCUGGAGAUUGGGGGCAGUGAAUCUCUGCGUACGUACUGGAAGAUGUACCUGCCCAAAGUGCUGUUGCUCAUCUAUGUUGUGGAUUCAGCUGAUCGUGCCCGACUGCCUGUGGCAAAAGAACUACUUCAUCAACUGAUCCAGAACAACUCCACCCUGCCAGUGGUGGUUCUGGCCAACAAACAGGACCUCGAAGGUGCAUUCUGCAUCACAGAUAUCUAUGAUGCUCUGGCACUGUCUGAUACUGGGGACAAGAGGAAGAUGUUCUUGCUUGGUACCCACGUGGCAGAGGAUGGCUCAGAGAUCUCCUCCAGCAUGAAGGAUGCCAAGGAGCUGAUUGCACAGCUGGUUUUGGAAAUGCAGUGAAAGCUCUUUUCCUACAACACAGUAUCUGCAGCUAUGGAAGACGGGAUGCUCAUCUGUUGCACAUUGCUACAGCUUGAUGUAGUUUUCUACAUGGUAACAGAAGCAUAAAGAUAUAUUUCCCUUUUGUUUGUGUAGUUCCUCUGCAAGUCAUGUGUAGGUGGUAGGAAAAUCUGUUUUUAUAGCAUUUUGAAAAUACCUCUGGAAAAUAAUAUAUUUGUAGCAUAUUUAUAGGGGAGAACAAAACACUCAGGCAACAGAGUUAAGGGUAUUUAUAGCUUAGGCUAAGAUGGCGUCUUGCUAGGUUGGAGUCAACUAUUGAUUUUAAUGAAACAAAUUUGUAUUCGGUGAGUAAACUGUCCUGAUGUCUCAGGUUUAAACACUUAUAGGUAACAGGUUUUACAGAACCCUGUUGGCAGUAUUGUUCUGUUAGAAAUGAGACCCUACUUCUGAAGAGCGUCAGGUGUUAAAGUUUUAGGUGAGAGGUAACUUGGUAAUUCCUGGAAAUAGGGCAGGUUGCAACUUCUUUAACAGAUAAGAACAAGAAAACAAAGGCAGCAAGACAUGAAGGAUUUCUUUGGAUUCGGGGAACACUAGAACAGUAUGAUUUAAAGUAGUGACUAAAAGCCAUUAAGGUGGCACCAGUGUGUGGGGCUCAUCAGUCUAAAGUGUCUUAUUGUGGUUUAGUCCAGAUCACGCUACAGCAAGAAGUCUUAGGGGUGAAACAUUUCUCUUUUAUUUUUAAGUUAUUUCUGUCAGCAUAGCAGACGAGGAAGAUGAGUUGCAGAGGUGCAUUACUUUCCUAGUAUUGUCCCUGUAACUAUACUCUGGUCAUGUGAUUGAGUUCAAAGAGUGCUGCAAAAAACUUUUUGUAAUUAAAUUUAUUAUACAAGGGUUUUGUAGUUUUUGUCUUUUGGAACUGAUGCAUAAAGCAGAACAUUUUACUCUAACCA